AUGUCAGGAAAUGGAAGUGUCCCAUUCGAUCCUUCACGGCUUGCCAAAGCUGCCGCUGAAGAAGAGUUCUCGACGUCUGCUUCGGAUGACGAGGAUGAUUACCGCAUACCGGGCAUGACGGCCGAUGACGACGAUUUUGGCGAUUUUAAUCCGAGAAAGAAGCGGCGACUUGGGAACAACAACAAGGAGAAGACGGCGCUCGGCAUCUUUGGUUCCGAUAGUGAGGAAGAUGGCCCGAGGUCCAGAUGGAAACGAAAGUCUCUGAGGAAAAAAGGCAUGACCUUUGUUUCCACAGCCUCAAAAGAAAACGGAUCGGAUGAUGGCAUGGAACCUGAGGAUAACAGGCCGGUGUUGGGCAAAUCGAAUAGCGGCCAGGAUACCGGUGGCAAAGGCCAGGACAAUCGCUCUGAAGACGAUGAAGAUGGUGACGACGACGACGACGACGACGAAAGUACAAUGGAUGGUCUUGGCUUGGAAUUUGGCGAAGAGCUAGACUCUCUAUUUCAGCGAGCUACACAGAACCAAGUUCAAAGCACUGAUAAAUCUCGACAUCCGAAAGUGAAGUCCAAGUUCACAGGAGGCAGCGUACUUGGAUUGGGGUUUGUACCGUCGUCCACAAACGAGCCGGUAUUGCAGGAGUCGGCUGCGGCCAAGGAGCCGCCCCAGAAUAAACCACAACACAGCGCCUUUACCAGUAAAGGAAAGAUUAAUGCCAAGGGCUUCGGAGCGAGGAUGAUGGCUAAAAUGGGCUAUGUUGAGGGUAAAGGUCUCGGCAAAGAAGGUCAAGGACGAAACGUUAUCGUUGAAGCAAAUCUGCGACCACAGGGCAUCGGCCUGGGAGCUGUCAAAGAAAAGUCGGAACACGAACGUCGGGAAGAAAAACGGCAAGCAGAAUUACGAGGCGAAACGGUGGUCGACUCAGACGAAGAGGAAAAGAAACGCAAGAAGGCGAAAAAGAAGGCUCUCGGUGGUAUAGGUGGCAGCGGUGCCAGUACGCCACGACGGCAAAAGACGAAGUACUUAACGGCCGAGGAACUGAGGGCUUCAGCACCAGGCUUACAAAUUCCGGAUGCAUUCGCGCCGAUUUUGGAUAUGACUGGGCCUGGGAACCGGAUGCUGACUUCGACAAAUGGAAUCAUGACACCGACCUCUGGUGUUUCCGAACCAACCGAGCUGAUAGAAGCAAGGAAGUUAGUUAAACGAGCACACGCAGACCUUCAGGCAUUCUCUGAAGAGUGGAGAAACCUCGAGGAACGAAAGGCGUGGGUCAAUGUCGAGUUGAGAGAAAGAGAGCAAGAAAUGGAAGAUCUACUGUCAGACUUUGAGAAGCUUCAAACCUUCUCAGACUUGGUUGCAGACCAGCUCACUACGGAUUCGAAUUGGGACCAGGUUAUCAGCUGUUUGCAGAAAGUAGCUGAAAUUGGUGCCGUCAAUCCUGACGCAGCGGAUACAGCCGUAGCUGCCAUCCACCCUUUUUUCAGAGACGCCGAAUGGGAUCCUCUUGUCGAACCACUGAAAUUCGCGUCUGAUCUCAAGGGACUGUCAGCUUUGCUCAUGAAGCCAGAAAACGAGGGACGAUCUGUCGACAAAUGGCACUCGGGCCGUACGCAACAGGAAGGGAUCUAUCGCAGACACCACAAAGCCACAACUCCGUACGAAAGCAUGAUGUACAAGAACUGGCUUCCACGGGUUGUCGCCGCGGUGCGGGAAUGGGACCCCUUGACACCGAGCCCCAUGCUUGACGUGGUUGAGACCUGGAAUGACCUUCUGCCCCCCUUUGUACGAGCUCAGGUCAUGGACCACGUAGCACGAAAGUUGGAGGCAGCGGUCUCGGACUGGAACCCGAAGAAGAAGCGCCAAAGUCAUCAUCUUCCGCAUACGUGGCUGUUCCCAUGGCUACAGCAUCUGCCUCCACACCACCUAGACCCCAAGGGCACCGGCCUCGUGGCGGACGUCAAGAGAAAGUUCCGUCAACUCGUUGAUGUAUGGGAAUUUGAGCGCGGAACAGUGCCCGGGUUGAAGCAAUGGGAAGACGUUUUAGGCAGUCAGUGGCGACCGCUUAUCAUGUCUCAUGUGCUACCGUCAAUAGGGCGAUACCUGCGGACAAACUUCCGCGUGGACCCGGCAGAGCAAGAGGUUUACCUGCCCAUCCUCACGGGUGUGAUGCGGUGGAACCGUAUGCUUGGCGACGCCAUCAUUGCCGAGGUGCUUGUACAAGACGUCUUCCCAAUGUGGUACGACAAAUUACAGGAGUGGCUAGCUCUUGGCGAGGCAGAUCUUCAAGAAGUAGCCGAGUGGUACACCUGGUGGCGAGAUGUGUUGCUGAAGGGCAUGGCCAAUGUUGAGACGGUGAGGGCUGAACUGGACAAAGGGAUGCAAAUCAUGAAUGUCGUGUAA